AUGUUGCGACUUGCGGAGGCCUCGCUCCAGGGGCAGUCGCGGGAGGACGCGGUUUAUGGAAACGGCGAGCGCAACGAGAAGGCUUCCUCCUUUGCAACCGGCCAGGCAGCCGUCGCUGUUAAAGUUUCCUACUUUUCUCUGCGCGUUGAGGUCGCUCAAGCGCUUCAAGAAGGGGCCCCGCUGGCUCUUGCUGUCAUGUACAGAGAUGAAAAUCUCUCCCGGGUUUGUCAGCAACCGGAGCGCGUCGUCUUCCGCUCGGUGUAUUCGCGACGCCCCAAGGAACCGCUGAUCAUGGACAUCGACCGGACUUUCAUCUUGCCCUUCUUUCACAUUUUCCCGUCCGGGCGACCCGCGAUCGACAUUGUCAUUGUCCAUGAAUCCACGAAAAAGUUGAGAAAAGAAAUUGCCUGGGCACGCCUGGACCUGGGGCUCUCCUAUCGGCGCUUGGGCGGACUCAGCAAGACUCGGGAGUAUCCUCUUUUUGCGCGGAUGAAGUCCGCCGCACCUGCAGGCAUCAUAAAACUCGCAGCUCGCCUCGCUCACUUUCCAGACGGCUCGUUCUCCUCGGGCUUCCUCUGGGACUUGGACGCGCUGAAGCACAAGGCCGACGCGUUGGUAGAUGGCGUCGAGAGGGGGCAUCGCGCCGCUGACGGCACCAGGCUCAAGUCGCUCGACGCGAAGGAGACGAUGCCCGACCAGGGGCAACUCCCCAAGGCGCGCGGAUCGCUGGAUUGCUUACCGGAACCGGAGUGGACAGGCACUUGGUAUCGAGAGGACGAGCUUCGCGUGACUCGCGCGAGGCGCCAGCGGCUGGUUCACGAGGCACAGCAGCUGCAGCGGUUCGAGGAAGUCGAGCUAGGAGAUUGCGUCGAGCCGGAGAAACUCAGCGCGCAGCUAAGAGCGGCUGAAAGACGAGCAAACGCCGGGGAAAAUCAAGAGACGGGGCGCUCAGCGCAGGCGACGCCUGCGUGGCAACAGGACGGCUCGGAGGACUCCACCGAAGAUGAGGAAGAGAAGAGGCGACUCGAGAUGGAGCUGCGCAGAGUGAGGAGGAGACAGAAAGAGGCGAGAACAGUCCUGUUCGGAGGAGAUCGAGAAGCAGCUCAGGCGAUGCGAAAUAUCCGUGCCAGGGCACUCGAGCUGGCGCUUGACAAAAACAGUACUUCUUUGCGUUCGGCACCGAGACCUCUGAUAGACGUUCUUGGCGAGGAAAGGGACGACGAGUCUUGCCCAGUCACGGUGUUUCCACAGCUGCAUGUGAAGGCAGCGGACUGCUCGAUCAAAAACUUCGCCUCGCUUUUCCUCGAGACGUCGCCUGAGGAAAUGUUUGCGCUCUGUCCCGUGCCGCUUUUCUCCCCGGACCGGAUCUUCCGCAACAUCAACAAGUUUCUGAAGAAAGGCUCCAGCGCAUCGGAGAGCACCAGUCUGUGGCUCCAUUCGCCUCAGCACGUGUGCAACAAACUCCUCGACAAAGUGGUGUCCCGAGAUCUUUCGAGUGCGCGAGUUACCGACGAAACCGACCCGAAGAAAAAUACGCUGUACUCGCACCUCUUCGCGUCGUGCCAAUGCGUGAGCGCGAGCAGCGCCUUUUCCUUCGUCGCCACGAACGUUGCCAUUGAAAUCGUCGAGCGGCACCUUUUCGGAAUCUCUGAAAAUUCGCUCUUCCUCGGGUCUUUACCGUUCGACAACCCCCAUCCGAGCGGCUUGCUUAUGUGCACAAAGGCCCAGAGAGAAACCGAAGAAAGUGAAAAGAGGGACACCAUUGUGGAGAGCCUGAAGCAUUUGCAGCAGCGCAUCGUUCGCGCGCAACAGCGUGCCCACCAUGCUGCCAGUAUAGCUGCGUUAGAAGCGAAGCGACGAAGAGGCGAGGCUCUGUCGAAGGAAGAAAGAAAAAAUCUCGCUGCGUGGAAAGAGACUGCUGUAGAAGAGAAGCUGCAACUCCAGAGAAAGUCGUCCCGCGCAGCUCGGUGGACAGGUCGGGAUUCUAGAUCGUUUGCAGAGGGGGAGAGAUGGCCGGAACCCCGAGAGGACGUCUGUGCGGGUGAAGGGGGGCGAAACAGAGACGGUGCCAGCGUGCGCGUCUCUGACGAGAAGGGACUUCGUCAAGGGUGGAAGAGGCAGCUGACAGGGCCAGAUGAAGGCUUCAGGCGGUUCGAAAGCUCGAGUCAGGAGGGCGCGGUCGCGAGAGAGGACAGCGUCGCUGCGGUCCAUGCAGCGAGGAAAAGAUGGGCAAACUUUGAAAAAAACUUUGUGUUCGAUGGACUCGAGAGACAAGCAAGAGAACGGAGGAAAACGCUGGAGGUUCUCAAACGUCAGUGGACCGGAGGGGAUCUCGACCUUCGUCUUCUCCCAGACAAUCAUCCUUUCAGUGUCUUCAGACUCUUCAAAUUCGACAAGAUGUUCAUGGCCAAACCCAGGACAGAAGAAGCAUCGUCCGGCGGCCAGCUCGCAAUUCUCGUGCUGGGCGAUGAAGAACACGACAUUGAAGAGGCAAGCAAGUUGUACGGCAUUGAAAUCCAAGCCCAAAACCUGAUGAAUGAUGCAAUCGUUGAGCUGAAGCGCCGCGGCGGUCUUCAGACAGAGGCAAACGGGGACUCUGCGAGGGGCGUCUCCACGAAGCGCGGCCUAGGGCGUGACUCUCUCACUGCUCUUCAAGUCCACGUGAUGGCAGCGAUUGAUUACAAGGGAUUCCGCGUCGUCGUUUUCGCCCUGCCCGCGACUGUCCCGAGAUUGCUCAAUUGGCCUCAGCCCGUCGCGUCUCAGCUAUCGGAGGAACUGGCGUUCGUUGAACAACGCCUAAAUCUCGCGUCGCUCGUCAAACCUCAGACGUGGAAGGGCUCUUUUAAGACCGACGAAGUCAUAAUGAAGACUGUUCUUCUCUCGCUUGAUCCAAGCAGCGACGAUGCAGUCGUCUUCUACCGGCUUUGCUUCGCGUUUCCUCAAAUGGAUAGCUUCAGCCUUGAGGACGAACAACAGCCUCGAUCGUCGGCUUACGUUUCUCAAGGAAAAAGGAGAGAAAAAAUCUGUGAACGUAUCAGAUGCAACGCCUUCGUUCACGCUCGGGACAUCGAGAUGGCCAUUCGGCACCAACCGCCCACGCAACUCUCAGCCGUAGAUCGAGCCUGCAGGCAGCUCCUCCACGUUGUCAAGACAGCGAAGACGGGAAACGCGUCUCACUUGGCAGGUCUCCAGCGCCUUUCGCGUGGCGCCGUGACAAGCACCUAUUUGGACCCUCUCGUGCACUCUCCCAUUGUGAACAUGUACGCCCCCGACGAGAUCCUGGCCCUCGCUGAACUUGAAGGAAUGCCACCAUGUACACCGUCGGAUUCCAUCAGCUUAACCCAUUUUUUUCACCUGCGAGGCAUCAACAUGCGGCUGCUUGGACAUAUGAUCCGCGGCACGCGCGCAGCCUGGCUUCAGCACAUGCUUCAAGUAGAAGUCGUCGCAAGAACAGUAAAGCGAAUCCUGAAGGAUGUCCUCCGGUCUCUCGUCUUUUCUGCCCACGGCUACCUGCAAACAGCUCGGGCGCGUGCGCAGGGCGCGAGCAUGAGGAGACUUUUGAAGAGACCCUCCUUCGACUUAAGUGCAGCUCGAGAAAUGAGGGAUUUUCACCCGGGGGACCACACUCCCGAAGAGUCGUCAGAAAGCGACGACGAUGAUGACACAUCUUCCAUUUUCAGUCGGACCACAACAGAUGACUCGGUGGAGCAGCAGCAUCAUGCAGGCGGCAAAGUGAAACUUGGAUAUCCCCGCGAGUCCCUGCUUCGCGAAGCAGCCCUCAAUGUUCCCUUCGGUAUCGCCUCACAGCUGCUCGACGACGUCCCUUACCUUCGCGAUCUCAUGUCUCAAACUUUCCGGCACUUUUCUUGGGCCGACAUCUUGUUGCUGAAUCUCUUCAAUCUGACCCUCGGCGACUCCUCAGAGAGCGACGAGUUCUGGGCCAGCUUCCUGACUGCGCGGUGUAGCGAGUACUUCGGCUUGGAAGCCGCAAGCAUUGCCAAGUCGCGCAUAAGCCGGACAGCUCUCUAUAUCGCUAUGCAGGUAUGGCUCCCGGGACUGCGUCGAACGCUAGAACUGCCAUCGCGCCUGCCGCUUCUUCAACUCGUGAAGAACCCCGGCAUGAUACCGCUUCAUUGUCAGCAGGACUCAGACCUCGUCGUCAGUCCAUCUCCAUCGCAAAUUCUCCUGGCGAAGUUCAUAGGCCACACACUGGUUCAGUGCGCCGUUCCGCUCUGGCGUGUAUGGGACGUGGUGGAGAGAGGUUUGGACUCCAACAACCUGCUCGCUGCUUACGUUUCGACGAAAGCGCAUCCUCUUCUGAUUCGCCAAAACAGCUGGCACCUCCCGAACGCCGUUCUGGACGUUGUCGGCGGUGCAAUCCGAUUCGGCGUGUGGAAGGUCGCGCGAUAUCUCGCCGAAAGGUGCCUAAACUUCUAUCCGGAGUCUCACGCCGCUGCAACACAGAAUCGCCUUAUGGCGUUUCUUGCAGAACUCCAUGGCAGCGGUUUGCCCCCUUCGAAUCCACGUCUUGUGAACCUCACUGGAGCGUGCGGUCGUGCCAUUAAGGACCACUGGGAAGAUACGCAUCCUGUCCGGCUCGAUCUUCUUACCUAUCAGGCGUGGCAUAUGCACGUCUCCGGAGAUCUGUCGGAGUGUGCCUGGUUACUUCACUGCGCACUGACCGUGGCAGCCACCAUGAUUGGCCAUCGAAGCUACACGGAUCGCAACGAAGUCCGCAAGCUGCUGAUGCUGACUUCCUUGUCUCUGAAGCCUUUCAGAGAGCAACUAGAGGUGACGACGCCUCGUCAGGUGACGAACUUGCGUAUGGCAGGCUUGUUGCGUCUGCUGGCGCGGUCAAAGCUGCUGUGGCUCCUUGAGGGCGACCAAAAACGCAAAUGUCAGACCUUCAGCAAUCCUGGAUAUCGCAAUAACCUGGCAACGGAGGCGUGCAAUUGCCUUCAGUGGGCGUUGGAUGCGUACGACUUUCAUUUGGGCACCGAAACGCUCCUCACUGUCGGCACAGCCUACGAGCUCGCUCUGGCUAUUUUCCUUUUGCGAAAAUCGACGCGAAGUGACGAAGCGCUCUUCCUGGUGGAGACUGCUGCUCGCCUGGCAGAGGCCGCGCUCCGGGUUCGAACGAAGCUAUUUGGCAGACAACAUGUGACUACGCUAAACACAGCUCUCCUUCUCGGGUUGCUCCUGGCCGACCAAGGAAAACACCGGCGGGCGAUGAGUCUGAUCGAGGCGGUCAUUCGGAACAGCUUUAUAAGAACCCUCUGGUGUCUCCCCGAUGCAUUUUUCUACGACACGUUCCACACACACGGUCGCGUCAUCCAGCCCGAUGUGCUGCACGACGCGCUCCUCGCUCACCGCAAACGACGAGAGGAAGCAGCUGCGACUGAGAAACGAGACGGGGACGGUGAACAAGAACAACAAGAAGAAGACCGGGCCAAAAAUCCCACGCAGGACCGGCUCAAAGAUAUCAGCGCUAUCGAAAGCGGCAGGGUUCUUCAAUUCAAGGACGGAGGCUCCGCGGGGCAGAAGCCUACAUUCAGAUUUGCUCGUUUGAGCCGCAGUGAAAACGAAGUUGAAAAGAAUGAACCGCAGGAGGCAGACGACGAGGACGACGAGCCCGUGGCCCUCGUCACAUUUGCUGAGCAGUCCAGAGACUCCUACGCAUUUUUGACUCACCAAGACGAGGCUCCGUCAGAUCUUCUCAUCCCCGCUAUACAGGACCUCGAAGACACUCUCAUUCGCAUCUACAUAAACCACGGAAUCGAUAGUGCCUUGGAACGCCGGCUUUGUUCACUUUUCCUCACGCUGGAUGUGAUCGAAAGAAAAGGCUACCAACCCAUGGCGGUCAUGUUGGCCCGGUACGAGCAAACGUCUGCGGGCGAUGACGACCAGUGUUGUGGCUACCUCCGGUGGCUUCUGGACUCCUCUGCCAGCUCUGAGAUGCAGGCGCUCGAGUACAUUCAGCACUACCCGAAUAAAAAGUCUCGUGCUGAAAUUUUUAAUCCAGAUGGAGACCUGUCGUUCGCAAUAUGUCACGGACCCCCUCCCACUAAGGGAUCGAAAUAUUCCACUGCGCUCGACCGAUUCGUCAACGAGCUUGUCUGCAAAGCCCAAGCAGCCGUAGUCGAUGUUCACCGUCGCUUGCUAGGCGGCGAAAAACCUAAGCUCUUCGCGAGGACGGAACUUCCAAGCUGGAAGCGGAAACUUGUCAAAGCAAUGCAGAAAAUGUGGUGCAUUUUAAUUCUUCUUGACGUAUAUCGAAAGCGCGUUCCGCCAGACAAUGAUGCAGAGAUGCAGAAGCCCAAGCAAUCUCCUUGCAGAGCGUUACCCGACGAGCUCGACCCUAAAAUGGUGCGCGCGACUGUGGCGUUGCUUGGCAAGGAGAAGUUCCAAGAACUCUUCCCCAAUCAGCCAGUUGGAGACGCUACGGUUCAGAAGUUAUCCGAGGAGGUAUCCGUCCCACAACAAGAAUCGGCUUCUUCGUACUCAUACAAGAGAUAA